CUCCCGCUGCAUCCAGGUAUUCCCACUUGGUUCUCUGAAGAAUGGACAUGACGGACAGCUGCCAGUUCUCACCUUCUGAGUACUUCUAUGAAGGCUCCUGUAUUCCCUCCCCAGAGGAUGAGUUUGGGGACCAAUUUGAGCCGAGAGUGGUAGCCUUCGGGGCACAUAAAGCUGAGCUGCAGGGCUCAGACGAUGAGGAGCACGUGCGUGCGCCUACAGGCCAUCACCAGGCUGGUCACUGCCUCCUGUGGGCCUGCAAAGCUUGCAAGAGGAAGUCCACCACCAUGGAUCGACGCAAGGCUGCCACCAUGCGCGAGCGCAGACGCCUGAAGAAGGUCAACCAAGCUUUCGAGACACUCAAGAGGUGCACCACAACCAACCCUAACCAGAGACUCCCGAAGGUGGAGAUCCUCAGGAAUGCCAUCCGCUACAUUGAGAGCCUUCAGGAGCUACUGAGGGAGCAGGUAGAGAACUAUUACAGCCUGCCAGGACAGAGCUGCUCUGAGCCCACCAGCCCCACCUCCAACUGCUCUGAUGGAAUGCCUGAAUGUAACAGUCCUGUCUGGUCCCGAAAGAACAGCAGCUUUGACAGCAUCUACUGUCCUGAUGUAUCAAAUGCAUGUGCUGCAGAGAAAAGCUCCGUGUCCAGCUUGGAUUGCUUGUCCAGCAUAGUGGAUCGGAUCACGUCUGCAGAGCCCUCUGAGUUGGCUCUUCAGGACGCAGCUUCUCUCUCUCCAACUGCCAGCACCACUUCACAGCCUGCAACCCCAGGAUCCUCCAGUUCCAGACUUAUCUAUCAUGUAUUAUGAACUAUCUCCUGAUGAUCAGUCCUGCUAGCGGGCAGUACUAUACCCGAGAAACGAAGCCCCGUGACUGAGCGGAAGACAAGCUGUGCAGAAUAUAUACUUUUCAGUGGUAGAUCCUGUCUUGCCACUUUAUAAGAACAUGUAUUUCACUGAAAGUCACCUUUGCAAUAAUGACUGCUUCUCCGCCUGUUCUUUUUGUUUUCAGUUUUAGCGUUUGUUUGCUUUAGAUAUUUUCCAAAAAAUAUUUUUCCAAUGGAAGGGAUUAAGUGACAGUUGCUUAUAGUAAUUUUUAAUUUAUAUAUUGUAAAUAUUGCUCACAAAAAUAACUUUGGUUUUUAGAGCUCUAUUUUGUUUUCUUCAAAAAAAAAAAACCAUUUUAAUAGCUUGGA